UUUUGAUUGAAAGUAAGAGAUAAAAUGCGAAUUUCAUUUGGAAAAUCUGUUAGUUUUAACGAGUUCGGACACUAAAACAGAGUGGCAGUUCCCGACUGAGGCGAUUCAGCCGUCGGAAAAUGGCCGGCAGACACUUCUCCGCCGCCGCAAAAUCUCAGAGAUCUCCUUUCCUCCUCUUCGGUCUCUCUCUCAUCUUCCUCUCUCUCAUCUUCUACAUCUUCCGCUCCUCUUCUUCUCCCUCUUUUUCCCCCACUCUCCACGCUACCACAUUCCCUGCAGCUCCAAACCCUAACGUCGAUUAUUCGUUCGUUUCCUCGCUUGAGAAGUUUCUUAUCAAUCAUAAAUCCAAAUUUUCGUCCAGGAGCCCGGACGACAGCGUUCGAGGCGACGUUGAUGAACGAGAUGUGAAGAGAUUAGACGAUUUGAUUUCGGAGGAAGAGGAGAAACGUCUUUACGGAGGCGAGAGUUCGUUUUGCACGCCGAUUAGGGUUUAUGUGUAUGAUAUGCCGUCGAAGUUCACCUACGAUUUGCUCUGGCUGUUUCACGAUACGUAUAAAGUGACCAGUAAUCUCACCUCCAAUGGCAGUCCUGUCCAUCGGUUGAUUGAGCAGCAUUCGAUUGAUUAUUGGUUAUGGGCGGACUUGAUAGCACCGGAAUCAGAGAGGUUACUGAAGAAUGUGGUGAGAGUUCACAAGCAGGAAGAGGCAGACUUGUUCUACAUUCCAUUCUUCACCACAAUCAGCUUUUUCUUGUUGGAGAAACAGCAAUGCAAGGCUCUUUAUAGGGAAGCCCUAAAGUGGGUCACAGACCAACCAGCUUGGAACCGGUCUGAGGGUAGAGAUCAUAUCUUACCAGUUCAUCAUCCUUGGUCAUUUAAAUCUGUUCGGAAGUUUCUGAAGAAAGCAAUCUGGCUCCUUCCAGAUAUGGACUCAACUGGGAAUUGGUAUAAGCCUGGACAAGUGUACCUUGAGAAAGACCUGAUACUGCCAUAUGUCCCCAAUGUCCGUUUGUGUGAUUCCAGAUGUUUGUCUGUAUCAAAGAGGACUACACUGCUAUUUUUUCGUGGAAGGCUGAAAAGAAAUGCUGGCGGUAAAAUUCGUGCUAAACUUGUGGCAGAACUUAAUGGAGCCAAUGAUGUGAUCAUAGAGGAGGGUACUACUGGAGAGGGGGGAAAGAAUGCAGCUCAGAUUGGCAUGCGCAAGUCUAUCUUUUGUCUUAAUCCAGCUGGUGAUACUCCUUCAUCUGCUAGGUUGUUUGAUGCAAUUGUCAGUGGCUGCAUCCCUGUAAUAGUUAGUGAUGAGUUGGAGCUUCCUUUUGAAGGAAUUCUUGAUUACAGCAAGAUUGCUGUGUUCGUCUCUUCUAGUGAUGCCAUGCAGCCAGGAUGGCUCUUAUCCUAUUUAAGAAAUGUUUCUCCCUCUCAAAUAAGACAGAAGCAAAUAAAUCUUGCUAAGUACUCAAGGCAUUUUCUAUAUUCCCAUCCUGCUCAGCCAUUGGGUCCAGAAGACUUGGUUUGGAGAAUGAUGGCAGGUAAAUUGGUUAACAUCAAGCUUCAUUCACGGAGAUCACAUCGCGUCGUGAAAGAAUCUAGAAGCAUCUGCAGUUGCGAAUGCAGGCGACGGAACAGUACUAGCCCAGUUCCCUUCUCCUGAUUGUCUAUCAAAGAACCACUGAAAACUCUACUCUAUUUCCAUUUCCUCUCUUUACAUUUCUUUUUAGAUUUAUCCAACUUGUGUAAUUGUUUUGACAAAAUAUUUCGAAUUACUGUGUUGUUCAUCCUUAUUCUUUUCUAGUGAUAUACGUGUUUACUAAAUUCAAAAUCAAAGAGAAUGUACCUAGAUCUACAGAAGAUGCUUCACUCCUUCUAUACAUCUUUUUACUAUUUAUAUACUUACAAUUGUUGUA